GCUUUUAGAGGUAAUAGCAGCUUUAGCAACCAGAGAGCGCUCCCAACAAAGGCAGAGAGAUAGACACACACAGGUAGCGGCAGGUGCCAAGUCAGCUGGAAAGGCUUGAUUCGCUUCGCUGAAUUCUCGUCCGUAAUUUGCCCAAUUUCUGCCAGAAAAUGGCUCGCUACUUUCGGGAACAAGACAUCGACGAAUUUCGAGAGUGCUUUUACCUGUUUGCACGAAAUGGCCAAAUUCGAACCCUAGACGAACUGACGGUGACGAUGCGGUCACUGGGCAUGAGCCCUACCAUUGCCGAGCUCAAAAAGUACUUCAAAGAAAAAGGCGGGCAGCUUGCAUUCUCAGACUUUUUGGAUGUCAUGCAUGCUCACAGCAAAGUUGAGAAAUUGCCGACUGAAGUGCUAGCUGCAUUUCGAGCGAACGACCCUAAAAAGACAGGGCUCAUUUCGGCGAAAGAUUUGAGACACAUUCUGUUGAAUUGGGGAGAAAAGCUGAGCGUCAAAGAAGUUGACCACAUCUUUCACGAGGCAAACGUUGGACCCAAUGGCCAAGUACGAUACGAAGACUUUGUGAAAAUAGCUUGCGCACCAGUGCCUGACUACUACUGAUUUUAACCAAAGCUGUUUAACGUUUCUUAAAUUAUUUUUAUUGAAGUUUUUAAAUUAAAUACCUAUUUUUGUUAUAAAUAAAGCAUACAAUUCAGUUUGUUUAAUUCAUA